GAAAAAGGAAGAGAAAAAACCCCCACGCCCCUUAGGCUUCCCGGGCUUGGACGCCUGCGGCCCGGCUCAGUCGGAGCUCCAGCCGCAGUGUGCUGGCGGAGGCGUGGUAGGCGCGCCGGGAUGGGGGUCACCGUGGACGUGCACGAGGUGUUCAAGUACCCCUUCGAGCAGGUGGUCGCCAGCUUCCUCCGAAAGUAUCCAAACCCCAUGGAUAAAAAUGUCAUCUCCGUAAAAACUGUGGAGGAAAGAAAAGAUGUGUCAACAGGGAUCAUCUAUAGAAAGAGGAUUGCAGUCUGUCAGAAUGUGGUUCCAGAAAUUUUAAGGAAGGUGAACAUUUUAAAGGUACCUAAUAUCCAGUUAGAAGAGGAAUCAUGGCUCAAUCCUCAGGAAAGGAACAUGGCUAUAAGGAGUCACUGCCUUACAUGGACACAAUAUGCAUCCAUGAAAGAAGAAUCUGUCUUCAGGGAAAGUAUGGAAAAUCCAAAUUGGACAGAGUUCAUUCAGAAAGGCAGGAUUUCAAUCACAGGGGCUGGUUUUCUCAACUGUGUUUUGGAGACUUUUGCUAGUACAUUUUUAAGACAGGGUGUCCAGAAGGGAAUUAGAAUAAUGGAGAUGCUGCUAAAGGAACAGUGUGGUGCCCCCUUAGCCGAAUAAAGAAUCACCAGGAAGUCGUGCUGUGUCUACUUCUGCCUGAGCAUAUUUCCUCGGACACAACACAUCCAAAGACACGGGUUUAGAAAUACAGAUUUAAGGAUGUGGUGUUGGCAGCUUAGAGAAGAGGACACCUUCCUGCUGGCACUUGACGUGAUCCAUGCCCCUGGGAGUCGGCCCCAGAGAGAGGCUCUUGUGUGGCUGACACCUUCUGGCUGAUUCUUAAUGGCACAAGCUCUGCAAUUUUACAAAUAAAGAAAAAAUUCCAGAGAAGGUGAUGUCCAAAGAAAAAAUCCUGGAGAAGCUGAUGUCUGUCCUUCAUCAGGACAUCCUGCUGAUUGCCUGGUGAUGGUGUCAGGGCAGCUAAGGAUGGGCCAGAGGCCUGGAAAGUGCUGCGUGUUUCUACUUGUUCUCUGCAUCAUGGCUUAUAGAACUAACAAGAGGAUGCUGGGGCAAAUAAAGUAGUUAAACCUGAUACGUGAUUCUUGGGUGGCCUGAAACAGACAGAAAUACACCAGACCUGUGUUGAAGUUAAGCCAUAUUCAUAGAAAUGUUGAAGAGUCUCAGAAGUCAGGAGCACUUGACUUUUUUUACCCAGCAAUACAACGUACCUGCUACCAGCAUAGCUUUUAUAAUGUGAACUGUGAUUGGUCCUUAACACAACCUGGAGCGGGCAGGGAGGCUGUGGGCUAUCAUCUUGGCUCCUUCUAACUCAUUCUGGGUGGAGCAGGUCAUGUGACCUCUUCGUGUUUUUUUUUUUUUUUUAAACUGGGCAAAUGGGGAUAAUCGGGCACAGCUCUUUCUACUUGUGAUGAUGAAACCAGGGUAUUUGGUGUAAAAGGCUCAAGUCUGGGAGCCGAACGGACAGAAGCGCGUUUGAACAUACGCGCAGCUCCCAGCAGUUCCAUGAUCAUGUACGUAGCUUAAAGUCUUUCUGAUACUCAUUUUUAAAAUUGUAAAACGGGGUUAUAGAGUUAACCUUACGAGGUUGUUGGAACAAUUGGACAACAUGUGAUUAAGUGCCUAGCAUGCUUUUUGGUACACAGAAGUAAAUAGAAGCCAUUAUUAUUAUGUGAAACAGUUUUGGAAAUGUGCUUUUCCAGUGUAAUAUAACGUAGUAUUACUGUUUGAAAAUUAGAUGAUGGUAGUUUGCAUUUCCUAGGAUGGGAAGCCAAAAUGUAAGUAUGCACUAUCUAAACGAAAGCUUGAAGAGAGGCAAUAAUUUGCAAUUCCUUUUAAGAUAAAAAUUGGGCCAUUCCUGGAGAGUCUUGGGGAAAUCUUUUUUUUUAAUGUUUAAAAAUUUUCCAUUUAAUGCACUGAUGAAUUUCAGACGAAUUGUAUUUUUCUUUCUUCUUUUUUUUUUAAAUACAAGCCAGCUACUGUGGGCUCCUCUUAUGGUAUUUGAGCUGUUUGUGCUGCCUGAGUUUUGUGUCUCAGGAUAAUUUCCCUUCAUUUCCUUAGUGUUUCAUUCUUUGGUUGGAUUCAGAGGGAAAAUGAAUGAUGGAAAUCGGAACAUGCUUUGACCUCCUUUUCCAGUUUGUAAACGUAGGUUUUUGGAAUAAUGGAACAUUUCCAAAAGUAAAAAAGCUAAUGUGAGUUAUCAUGGAGGUGAGAGGUGGGAAACCAGUAUUUGGAAGUUGAUGUUAGAAUAAUCAUUACUUUGGGAGUUCCCUAGUGGUCUGGUGGUUAGGAUUCCACACUUUCACUGCCAUGGCUUGGGUUCAGUUCCUGAUCAGGGAACUGAGGUCCUGCAAGCUGCAUCGUUUGGCUAGAAAAAAAAAAGAGUAAAUGUAACGCUUCACAUUCGGCAACUUGCAUUCCCUGAAGGCAGGAGUUCUCAGCCUUGGCUGUCCAUUAGAACCACGUGGGAGCUUUCUGCAAGCCUACCCCCGGGGUUUCAUCCCAGAUCUAUAAGUCAGAGUCUCCAGGGGUGGAUCCCAAACAUCAGCUUUUUUUUUUUUUUUGUAAAGCUCCCUAGUGAUUCCAAUGAACAGCUAAGGACACAAACUCUGCAGUGAUUUCUCGGUGAUUUGCAGGUAUUAUCUGAUUCCUUUUUUAACACCUCCAAGGUAGGAAGGUGUCUUUGUAGCAGGAAUUACCGUUAGAGUAAAGCACAGAGAGACUGACUUUAGGCCUUAAUUCCUUACAGCUGGGGCGGCCGAUGCAAACACCUGCAGGGUCUGGCAAGUGAUCUGGUGCAUGAAGCAGGCUGGUGGACCCUAGGGAGACCCCAGGAAUAUGUGGCUGGCCAAAGGUGGGCAGCUGCCACCCAGUUCAGCACACUGCUGCCAAGUGGCUGGUUUUUCUAGUUCUUCUAAUUUCCAAUUUUAUGGGAAAGGAUAGAAUU